CGUAUUAAUUUCACGGCAGAUCAGCUCGGAUUUGCGCGUAGGAGUUCGCUUUGGAUAGUGUGGACUUGGUGUUGUUUUAAAAGGCUCAGAUUGAAUUAGUCAUUUACCGGGUGAAGUGCGAUUUAACAAGUUGAAAUGUGGAAGAAAGUGGUGAUAUUCUUGCUUAUUUGGGAUUCAGCGUACAGUGCUAAACUGAUUAGUCGCCUUGACCGAGAGUCAAUUCUGGAUGCCGAAAAGAAGCAUCGAACUGGUGGUAACGCGUAUCUUACCGAGAGGGAAGCACAGGCAAAUGAUAUCGUAACGAGGCUCCGAAGUAAGAUUCUACUGGAAGGCAUUACCAACUCGACAGGAUUUGCUCCGGCGAUGCACUUUUUCCAGGCAAAACCCCUUAUUGAGAGCAGUCCGAUUUUCCGUAUGCUGAAAGCCAUGCCGAAAGGGUCGGUUCUACAUUUGCACAAUACAGCAGCUGUUAGUUCCAAGUGGGUCAUCAAAAAUUUGACCUACCGUUCAGAGGCGAAACUUUGUGAGGUUAAUGGAACAGUGUUUUUUACAGUUAGACAAUCCAAAUUUUGCGACAGUGAACCUCAUAAAAGUAUCACCAAACUUCGAGCGCAAAAUGCAUCGGCAGAAGCGUUCGAUCUCUGGCUGGAAUCCUUCAUCAACCUUAAACUUCGGGACCCGGAGCUUAUGCACACCGACGUGAACACCGUUUGGAACGAUUUCCAGCAGAUGUUUGACGCCUCCAAGGAUCUCCUGAUGUACAAACCGUUCUUCGAAGACUACCACCGUCAGAUGCUGCGAGAAUUUUACGACGACAACGUUCAGUACAUCGAGCUACGGGCGUCGCUUUCAAAGGUGUACGACGCGAAUGGAAAAGAUUACAACGAGUUUGAAAUCGUGAAAAUAAUUUCGGAUAUUGUGGACUCUUUCAAGAAAGACCAUCCGGACUUUUUUGGAGUUAAGAUCAUUUACGCCAAGCAUCGAUCGAUUGAUAACGAAACCGUGGAGUCUUUCUUGGAGAAGUUUAUCACUCUCAAUCAGGAAUUCCCCGACCUCGUUGUUGGUUUCGACCUCGUCGGUCAGGAGGACAUCAACAAUCCGCUCAUCCUAUUCACAGAUCAGUUGCGCAAAUUUGAAAAGACAGCCCCUUACUUUUUCCACGCUGGAGAGACAAACGGUUACGGCAGCGAGGCCGACCUGAACCUAGUCGAUGCCGUGCUACUCAACAGCCGUCGCAUCGGCCACGGGUACUCACUGUACAAGCACCCGGUCCUGUGGAAGAUGGUCAAGCAGAAGGGUAUCGCGCUGGAGAUUUGUCCCCUGUCGAACCAGGUGCUGCGGCUCGUGACGGACUUGCGCAACCAUCCGGCGGUUUUCUACGUGUCCGAGAGUGUCCCCAUCGUGAUUGCACCCGACGAUCCCGGCUUUUGGGACAGUGCAGCGGUUGGCUUCGAUUUUUACUAUGCGUUGAUGUCGCUGGCUCCGCACUCGGCUGGGAUUGGAUUUUUGAAGCAGAUCGUUUGGGAUUCGGUCAAGUACAGCACAUUAACAGAACCAGAAAGAACACAAUACGCUGAGUUGCUGCAGCCCAAGUGGGAAGCAUUUUUGGACUUCAUCAUCGGCAAUAAAGUGUUGAACUAUUAAUCACCUUCCUCGCUCAACUUUUGAACCUUUUGAUCGAUAAAGUUCUGGCAGCAUAUAGAGAUCUGGUUGUAGCACCGUCUAUAGGCUUCAAUGCCUUGUUCCUAAAACAAAAAAAAAAUCACUUUGAUUGGAUUUCAAAUAAAACAAACACCUAUUCCUCACGUAAGGAUCCA